CCAGGGUCGGCUGAGGCCCACUGGGCCCAUCUGGGCCCAUCUGGGCCCUGGGUUCUUGGGAUCGCCCCAAGCUUAGCUCCCCACCGGUGACCUGUCACCGGUCCCACCGGUCACGCCGACACCUCCGGAGCCUUCCAUGGCACGCUGCACGAAGUGGGACUUCCUUGAGGACGAUCCUGACUUGGAUGAGGAAGGUCAAGCGGCCUUUGCAGAAGCCUCCGAGUUGCGCGAGCAGGCCAAUGCCUUAGCUCAUCAUGCACGCAGCAAGGAGCUGCCCGCGCGGCAAGAGCUUCUCCGGGAGGCUGUGACGAUGUACGGGCGUGCCGAUGCGUUGCUGAAGCCUCGUGUGUCUACUGCGCUGGAAAAGGCGGCCGUGCCUGCUGCGUUGGCAGCGCGAGAGCUGGCGCUCCAGUGCCGAUUGAACGCUGCAUGCCUCGCCCUGGAGGCUGCCACAGUUCCUUCAACUGGGAGCAGCGGCCUGAAGAAUGCGGAGCAGGCCGAAGAGGCUUCCAGACGUCUGGCCUUGGAGGCCUUGCAGCUGGACGCGACGAACCCCCAUGCUGCGCUGCUGCUGGCGCGCUGGGGUGCGCUGCUGGAGAAGCGGGAGGCGUCCGAAGUUGCGCAAUGGCUGUCUAAAGCCAAGCGUUGGGCACAGGAGCGAAAGGAUCAGGAGGCACUGGCUCAGGCCGAGGCCCUGGACUCCCAGCUGCAUCCCCCACCCAGCUCCUGGGGCAAAGAGGCUUCGGACUGGCUGCGGAUGGGCGUCCAUCUUCUUAAGCAGGGCAAAGCUCCAGAGGCCAAGAAGCUUUUCAUGCAGACCGUGGACUAUUUGGAUCAACAGGGGCUGAUGGAAAGCUUUGCGGCCACGGAGCAGUUUGCCGAUGCCGUGCGCUGUGGGCAGAGGGCCACCUCCUUGUUGAACUCGACCAGACCAGGAAUGCAGGUGCCCUUUGCUGAGCCGGAGCUCUCCAGGCGAGAAGGGCUUCUGCACCUUUCAAUUGGCCAUGCGGCAGAGGCCAACGGCGAGAAGGAUGCACUGCGCCACUUUCGACUUGCAGCUCAAGCUUUGCAGAGGUCGGGCUCGGAUGCGGCCUCGGAGGGCGUAGCGGUGCUGGAGCUGGGGAAGAGGCUAGUCAAGGAAUCCAAAGCAGAUCCAGAGGCCUUGGACCUGGCGGUGCCUGUGCUGGAGCAUGCCAUAUCUUGCCUGAAGCGAGCUCAGGGCAGGAUUGGCGAGGAGAAAGGCACCAAGCCCACGGAAGAGGUGUGCCAGAGGCUACGCUUCCGGGAGCUACAAGCGCAAGCAGCUCUUUGCGAGGCUUAUCAAAUCCGUGGAGACCGUCCAGAUGCUGAGGAGGUGAUUGAAGCCUCCAAGUACCUACUGCCCAAAGCCGGUGGCCUUGCGCUGGAUUGGGCGGAGCUGUGUGGCAAAUGGGCCUUCCACGCGGCCAAGGCAGGGAAGCUGGACGAAGCGGAAGAAGCCUUAAGGCUCAAGUGGAAUCUCUCAGGAGGCAAAGACACCCCUGAGAAUGCUGCGUUGGAGAUUGAGGACAAAGCUCCUUGUCCAUUUCAGCAGCGAUGCAUUCAGCUUCAACAAGAGGCUUUGCAGAGUCUGGCCCUGGUGCAGCAGAAAGCACAGAACCCUGUGGGGGUUCAGGAGUCGCUGGGUUUGCUGAGCCAAACCGGAGCGCAAGAGGGUGAGAUGGAGCGGCACUUGCAACGCCUGGCACCAGCUCCGGGAGCGUCCAAGGAAGCUUCCUGUUGCCAGAAAUACAUGAAGCACUUCGCCUUGCACAAAGGUGCAAGGCUUUGGUUGGCGUGCCUUGCUGCCGUUGCAGCGGUGUUGCUGCAGAAGACCAUGAGUGGGCAUCCGUCAGAGCAGCUGCUGAACCAGAGCGCAGGUCGUCGGCUCGCUGUGACAGCUGCCCUCAGUUCCUUGGCAGUGCCGGCAGUGGCCCAAGAAGGUGUUCCUGCGAAGGUGGGCGGUAGAGCUUCCAAGUGGUUUGGUUCCUAUGAUGAUCCCAAGCAUCCAGCCUGUGAACGCAAUGUGGUCAUUGCCUUUGACGGCACCAAGGGGAAGAUCGAUGGAUAUGACAAAAGUGGGGCCGGUGAUGAAGGACAAUUUAACUGCCGAAAGCGAAGAGAUGUGACAUAUUAUGAUUGGAGUUUGAAGGUGAAGUUGGCCAACAAAGAUGCCAAUGAGAUUGUUGUUGAAGAGACUGGGAGGGAUGUGGUGGAUCGAAAGCGCAUCAACGAAGCUCGAGAAACGGUCGGCAAAUGGGACAAAGAUGGAAUCCUUUGGCCAGAUGGCACCAAAUGGGUGCAAAGGAAGUGGGAGCGCGGUCCGUUGGGCAUGGCCUUGGCCUUCGCCAGCCUCCAUCAUUGGCCUGACAUCAAAACCAUCAAAGAGCUUGUGAAGAGGUCCAUUGAGAAGCAGAUUGACCUGGUUGAUGUGGCGGAUUGUCCAAGCCCAGAACGGACCUGUGCAAUUUGCUUGGAGGAACUCCAAGGUAAUGAGCAUGUGAGGCAGCUACCAUGUCAGCAUUGCUAUCACGAAGAGUGCUUGGUCACUUGGGGAGCCAGUGGAUACUUCGGAGUAUCAAACACCGCAAGACUUGCUUGUCCUCUUUGCCGGAAAGAUCAUACCAUCGAUGUCGAAGUUUGA